AUGCCUGUCAUGCAGCUCUCUGCCCUUAUGAUCCACUUCUGGAUCCUCCCAAUCAACCUCGAAAGGCCACAGGAGGACAAAUUGCCAUGGAACUUGGCAACAUGGUGUAAUGCUACUGAUGUCCAUUCUGGCCUCUUUCCAGAUGGUGUCUCUUCUCUUCCCUGGUAUAUUGGCUGGGAUAUGGCUCAGAAAAAUGCAGUCCUGAGACUCUUCGACUCCACAUUGAACAAAAAUGCACAAGCAGUUUGGAAUUUGAUGGCACACCCUCCAGCUGACUUGAAGGGUGCAGUGAAGAUCUGGACUACCACCUGGAAGAAGAUGUGGAUCAUGCCUGCAGAUUCAUGGCAUCAAAAAUGUGUUGUCCCCAUUCCAUCAUGGUGGAGGCGAGGCUCAACUAGAGGGGGUCCGAGGGCUCCGGUAGUGAACCGAAGCUUCUCAGGGAGCCCGGUUCUGCUGGAUGGUACAAGAGGCUCUAAGAAGGAUGCGGCCUCAGCGACUCGGAGGGAGCGCUGUGCCUCCGUUACGUCUCAAACAGGGACAGGAAUCACUCAGAGGGACUUUGGGUGGCAUUUUAGUCGAGAUUAG